AGUCCAUGAUCUAGGAGGUUCGUCUCUAUCAAUAAAAUCUCUGCCCUUAUCUGUCCACAGGAUCAGCCUACCAGGGGUUCUCGACGAAUACUGGAAGCAGCAACAGGAUAAAAAAAAAAAAAAAAAUUCUAAGAAGAAGAAGAAGAAGAAGAAAAAAUGUCAGCAGGGAAGAAAAUAACGCUAAAAAGCUCAGAUGGAGAGACAUUUGAGGUGGAGGAGUUGGUGGCGCUGGAAUCGCAGACGAUAAAGCACAUGAUAGAGGACGAUUGCGCCGAUAGCGGAAUCCCUCUGCCUAAUGUAACAAGCAAGAUCCUUUCUAAGGUAAUUGAGUACUGCAAGAAGCACGUCGAGACUCCUAAAUCCGAAGAUCGUCCUUCUUCUGCUGAUGAUGACCUUAAAGCCUGGGACGCUGAAUUCGUCAAAGUUGAUCAGGCUACUCUCUUCGAUCUUAUCCUGGCUGCCAAUUAUCUGAACAUCAAGAGCUUGCUGGAUCUAACUUGUCAGACAGUGGCAGACAUGAUCAAGGGAAAAACUCCAGAGGAGAUCCGCAAAACUUUCAACAUCAAGAAUGACUUUACUCCCGAGGAAGAGGAGGAAGUUCGCAGAGAGAACCAGUGGGCAUUUGAGUAAAAGACCAGGAAAACGUGUCUGUAUUCCUAGUUUCUUUCUGAUGUUGGACAUGGAUGUUUAAGGAUUAUUGCCCUGCAAGUGCUUGUUAUUUUACUGCUCCAUUUCCUAUCCAGAACAGUCACCAACUCUGAUAUCUGGUUGUAAUCCUUUCAUUAUGUCAAUAUGGUAUAUACUGUUCAUUUAUGGAAACUUUGUGCUUAAAUAUCUAAUGUUGACUCUGUUAUCCA